AUGGAUAACGAUCUUGAAAGAUCUGUACGACUCCUAGAGGAUGCUCUGUCUUUGUCAGGUAGAGGAUUAUUUAAAAGCAGUUUCCAAAGAGCCCCAGAUGCGGAAGUUAUUUGCCCACCCUUUGAAGAUCAUGUAAUGAGAAAGUCCUUUAUGGAAGAAGCCACCCCAAAACUGUCUAAUAUUCUUCGUGAUCAGUCUGUUACGGGGAAUGUACUGCAAGCGAAUAAUACCCCUUGGAAAACUACAAUCGAUAGGCUUUACUUGGAGUUUUUUGAGGUUUUGCAGACCCAUUCAGGUCAUAAUAUAUUGGAAAUUGUCACCGAUUUGUCUCGAUGUUGUGGUGAUGCUCUGAAUGUUAUACAAAGUUUGAAAUCCAAAAUAGCUGUUUCACAACUAGAAGAGGAAACAAGUCUGGAACAGGAAAGGAAUACUUGGAGACUUCUCUUCAUUUUGUAUCAAGACCGAUUGUUGGCACAAAAUAUGAUGGGUGAUGGACAUAUGAUGCAAUACUUGGGUCGCUCAGAAAAACUCUGCGUCCAGAAUUUAUUCAAAUGGGACAAUUUGGUUAGGGAAAGUCAGCUCAUAAUUGACUGGCUGGAACGCAACUCAACAGAGAGAAAUGAAGAAGUAAUCUUUUAUUCAGACAAUACCGUGGGAUGGGAAAACACUCUGCAUCAACUCCAGUCAGCGGAGACCAUUGCUUUUGGUAGUUCUAGACAGACGAUCACUAACAUGGACCCCGAUGCACCAAACCACGAAAGAAGGCCUUUGCACAAUUUGGAUGCAGAGGAUGACAAGAGACUGAGCAAGAAAGUUUUUUCUGAGAUCAGAAGUGGAAAACUUGAGGAGGCCCUCAAACUCUGUAGGCAGUCUGGACACUCCUGGAAAGCAGCAUUGCUAGAAGGCUGGAGACUUUUCCAUGAUCCCAAUCAAAAAGACCAGUUUGAAAAUGAAUCUAGUUCUGACGUUGAUGAUGGUUAUGAAGAAAUGGACUCAAACGAGGUGAAGGAUAUUGAAGGGAACAGCAACAGGGACAUUUGGAAGAAUGUGGCAAUUAAAUAUUGCAAACAGGACUAUCUCAAUCUAUAUGAAAGGGCUGCAGUAGCGACGUUUUGUGGAUAUCUUAAUGGUCUUCUUCCUGUGUGUCAAUCAUGGGAGGAUAGUUUGUGGGCAUAUAUGAAAACUCUAGUUGAUGUACGAGUAGAAUCUGAAGUUAGAGAUUGUGUUAUAAGAAAUAGCAAAUAUUUGGAUUUACCUGAUGAAUACUGGUCUCAAAGGAUGUCCCUUAAUGAUGUCUUCUCUAGUUUGGAGGCAUCUAAGAAUGCCACAGUCAGAAAUGAGGCUAAAAGACCUGACCAUAUCAUUCAGAAAUACAUAAUCUUGGAUGAAAUACCAGUAUUGCUUGGGAAAAUAGAAGAAUGGAUAGAAAAGGAAGAUUUAUCAACAUCGUUCUUGAGAUUCCUUGCCCAUCUUGUUUUAUUUUUUGAUCAGGUAGGGCAAGGAUAUAACAGAGAUGUUGUUGAAAAAGUAUUGGAAUCUUAUAUCAACCGACUGAUGACAAUGCAAGAAACCCAAUUAGUGGCUUACUAUGUAAGUAAAGUGAGUCGUAGUAGUCAAGUUUACAUGUAUUCAAAAUAUUUAGAAAAAAUUGUAAACAACGAGGAGAGGAAAUCUUCCUUGAUAUUUGCCGAGGAGAGUGGAUUAGAUGUCCUUGCCAUAACCCAACAAAUUGUGGAGAAUGUUAUUAAUAUAUCUCAAGAACUUGAACAAUCUGGAAAUAUUCAAAAUAAAAUGACAGAAUUGGAUCACUACAAAAUAUCAGCUUUGGAUUGGAUUCUUUUUUAUGAACUUCAAUUACUAGAAGCAUUGAAACAAAUAAAUUCUUUGAUAUUUAAGUUUUUAACCGUUGGUAAAAUUGAUGCAGCACACAUGGCUUUCAAUAAAAUUCCUACAGACUCUUUGGAAAAAAUUCUGAGCGGAGGUGAAGUUGAUGAUGCCAAAAAUCAAGUAAUCAAAGAAUAUUUGAGUUACAAAGCCUACUUAGAUGGUCAUGAAGCUUUCAAUGAUUGGUUUAAACAUAGCAAAUGUAAACCAUCCCCUCCUGAACCCCUGCGUGAAAGUGCUCAGUUUCCAGAGAAAGUUGCUCAUCAACAUAGACAAUCUCAAUAUAAGGCGGAGUUGGAGAGGUGGAAAUUGACAGCUACACAUCUAGCAAAAAGUGCUAAAACAAAACUUUAUAAUGUUCUUCUGUUUCCUGAGGGAUGGUUAGUGGGUGCCAAGGAUGAUGAGUUUCUAAGAUCGGUUUGUAUUCCUGAAACAGUUUUGAUUCUGUAUGCUGUCAUGUAUGAAACUGAACAACAUGAAGAGUGUGUCCAGUUGGCAGAUAUUAUUGCAUCAGAAAAACACGGAAUUUAUAAGGUUUAUUCAAAAGAAGAUCUUGCCAAAAUCCUAGAAAAACUCUGUGAAAGUUCGGUGGCAUUGUUGAACGCGAGAAAGGACCCCUGGGGAAUUGAAGCUUCUGCUUGAAAUGUUCUUUUCUUUUUUCUGUGUUUACUUGAGUAUUUGUAAUAAAAUGUUUUUUAAUAA